GUAUCGUGGUAUCGCCAGUCGGCGGUCGUGUGUAUAAGUGUUGUGAAAAACAAUAAAAAUGACAACAGAUAGAUUCCAUAGAGCGGCCAAAGAUGGUAUACUGAAGUUGUUGCAAGAAGCGAACAGUAGGGAGUGCAACAACAAAGAUGAGUCUGGCAUGACGCCCACACUCUGGGCUGCCUUCGAGGGACAUAUCGAGGCACUCAAACUUUUGUGCGCGAGAGGAGGAGAUCCAGAUAAAGCAGAUUACUUCGGUAACACUGCCCUCCACCUCGCAGCCGCGCGUGGUCACAAAGAAUGCGUCACCUUCCUCAUCAACUUCGGAGCCAAUGUAUUCGCUAUGGAUGUGAAUGGCCACACCGCACAACAGUUAGCUGCCAACAAUGAACGAAACGAUAUACUGCAGUAUUUAGACCAGGCAACUGCGAAAUUGGAGAAUAAUGAUAAGAAAAAAGCUAAAUCUCUAAAAGAGAAAGCACAGAAAAAAUACGAGAAAUCCCUCAAACAAUACCAGAAACGGCAGAGUAAGGCCGAGCUGAUGGCUGAGAAGGAGCUGAAGAAGCUGGCCAAGGAGUGGGACCAGGGGUAUGCUGAAGAGGUCCACACAAUGCCACAUAGGCCCAGUAACGUGCUGUGGGCGCCAAAGCAGAAGAUGGCCAGGUCUACUAGCCAUGGCAGUCUCCUAGCUGACGAUCAACCUCGGCGGACACAAAGCGAACUGGAAGGCACUGUCAACUCUGGCGCAAGGGGGCGGGGCGCGGUGCACAAGAAGGCACUCGCUAGCAAACUGAGGAACAACACUAUUGAGAAGAAUAAUAAUGUCAACACUGAUGAUUUUAAGUUCACAGUGAUCGAGACAACAGGUCGUAGAUCAGUGACGUCGGUGAAAGGAAUCCGUCGGGAUUCAGAAGUGAUGUAUUCGAAUACCAUCGCCACGGAGCUUCAGCAGAGAGGCAACGAGUCUGACGUGUUUGCUGACGAACCGUCCGAGCCCAACGUGCCUAAGAAAUCUCUUAUUAGGUCUGUAAGUCAGCCAGACCUUGCUUUGCUGAACGAAGACAGUGCUAUUGAACAAGAGUUGAUGUUCCAAGAGCCAGCUAGUAUGUUUGAGAGACCUUGGGCAAAUGGGGUUGCCAACGUUGUGUUCAGGCGUUCCAUAACAGCGAUGUUUGACAGUGGAGUGCCUGACGAAGACUUAUCUAUGGACUCUGACAGGUCUUUUGCCGCUAGACAGGCGUACCAACCAGCUAACUGGACUUCCACGCAGUCAGAUAGCUCAACUAUCACAUCAGAUGAAGAAACUGAAGCUGAAGAGACAGGUGACGCCUCCCUCGAGCGGUUCCUAGCAGUGUUCGGCCUCUCCCAAUACGCGCAGAAGUUCAAAGACGAACAAAUAGACCUUGAUGCUCUCAUGAUGCUGACGGAAAGUGACCUGAAGUCGUUAGGUCUCCCUCUAGGACCUUACAGGAAACUGGUGACAGCAAUCCAAGAAAGGAAACAGGCUCUAUCACACCCUGGACGUAUUAUAGACACGACUUUAUAAACGAUUAGGGAUAAUAUAGGGGCUACCGUUUUUUUCCACCAGAUGACGCAAAUUUAGAAAGACAAUUUUUGUCCAAUCACUGGAGCUCUCAAAUAUGACCGUCCAAUGGUGUGAUACUAGUUAAUUUCCUAUUGGACGAAAAACGAAAGGGUCACACUAGCACCAUCUAGCGGGAAAAAUACAGUAACCAUGAAGUGGCACGAAUUUAAUCUGUUACAUACAUACACGUGCAACAAACGUUUAGUUUUAUACUUUUUAUUCAAGUAGCAGAAGCUAGCUAGUACCUAGACUAUAAAUGAGUGCCUCAUGAAAUGUGAUAGAAAUGUACCUUACGUCCAAUUACCAUGAUUAUUAUAAAUAUUUUUAUAAAAUUUUCGUAAUAAACUUUUUU